GUAGUCACGGCUGCAGACGUUGCGGAGAACUUUCGAUAGCUGGCUUUAAGAAGACCAUGAAAUUAACAAGGCAGUUAUACGAAGUUAUCAAGUCAUUAGUGCUAAAUUGAAUAUGGUCGCUUCAACCAUAUGUGUCUGAAUUAAGCCUUCGAAAUCGUACCGUUGUACAGAACAUUUGACAACUCGUGAUGGCCAAAGUGAUAGAUAGACUGCGUAUCCAAGGGGUAUCCCCGUCUCGGGAAAACACGUUCAGCUCUCACAGUAAAGUAAUCCAGCCGCUUCCACCUCCUACAGAUAAAGCAUGGGUAGCUAACGGUGAAAGUUUCUACAUGCCUGGUCGGCCGAGCUGCAGUAAAGAAUUUCUCAAUACCAGCACCAACCCUGCUUCCAGGCGAAUGGAAGUACUCUCACGCAUGCGCACAGCGAACCAAGGCAUUUCUACCAUGGACACCAACUUCGGUCCGUCAUCAAUUCAGUUUGUGCUUCGUGGGAAACCAGUACGUGACAGGUUGGGGAAAUACGUCGCGCAAGACACAUUAAAACUGCUCCCUGACAGAAUCCAGCCCCUGCAGCGAAGCCAGCCUCAAGACGUCGAUCGUCAAAUCAAAGUCCAUAUUGGAAAGGCUCACAGCGAGCCUAGUAAUGGAGCCGUGUUAGAGAAGGAGAUGAGAGACAUGAAAACAAAAGACGACAUCAGUCUUCCUUCUUUCGCAUCCCCUUACUUCAUGCUUGGUCCAGCGCUGUCUCCGUCGUAUGGGAGCAUGUCCAAGAGGUCAACUCGAUCCCAAGGGGAAGGUUUUGAACUCACUGGCCAUAAAAUGAAGGGUGCGGAUUGCGGGACAUCCAGAUCUGGGUACAGUGAGAUCUACCCCAGCAUCGAUAGCCCCAUCCGGUCAUCUCGCCGAUUCACGCGUAACGCCUUCAAGGAGAGCCCUUCUCCCAUCGUAGCCCAAAAUACUCAGCAACUCAACCAAUGUCUUAGUGUUAACCAGAGCAUUCGUCUUCCCCUGGGAACCCAGACUGAGGCAAUCAAGCUGAAACACUUCACCCAGUUCGUGAAGAAAGAUGCCAAAGCUAGCUACAAUAACCCUUACAGAAAGGUAAAGAAAGAACGUCGCACCGUCGCAAAGACAGACACCCAGUACCAGUUUGACUCUGUCUCCAGUUACGUCCAUUUCAAUCGGAUCUACCAGCAGCCCACUCCCGGCCGGUCAGUGGCUGUGCAUGUACCCCAGAUGUCCGGUUUCCCAGCCCACUGCACGGACACCGUGCUGCUGCGGAUGAUGCUUGAGAUGAACAGGCCAGGUGCGUUGAGGUCUCCAGACAAGUACUCUGACGUAGCAAUUCAUAAGGAUCUUGAGGAAUUCCUCAUGGUGCGCUCACCUUCAGCCUUCAGUAAAUCGGGCUCCGCCAACAGUAAGAAGACCGGGCGGAACAAGAGUGGGCAAAGCAAUGUGGACACGCCUAUAGAGGAAGAGGGAGACUGUGCGUGGGCCGGCAACCAGGUGAAGGAAUCGACGGAGGUCAGGGAAGAGGACACGCCGGGCAUGCAGGGACUGGAGGCUCGGGAGGCCCAAGAGGCUGAUAACGGGAAAGAAGCCGGGGAAGAGGAGGAUGUUCAGUUGCAGGAUGAAGCUCAGCUUGUUGAUGAGGGAAUUGGCGAAGUGGAGGAAGACGGGUGUAUCAAGGAAGAAGAGGGAGUCAAUGAAGAGGAUAGAGUAUGAUACAUGCUCUGUGGUGGUACGGGACUCGAUAUAGUGCGAAUAUGAACAGCUCAUCAGACCAAUGCAAAGCGAGUUUAAGACCUGUGGUAUUAUUUAUGACAAACACAUUGUCUCAACUUACUAUUUAUUAUUUUUCCUCCAGCAAUGUGACCGGCAUGUUUCUGUAAUCUCAUAAAGAUGUUUGCUCUAUGUCGUAUGUACAUAUAUCAUAUUCAUCUUAUACAUUCCUGGCCUUCCCGACACCUAGUGCCUUUUGUCGUCACGCCACGGCAGACAAGGUCCACAAUGUAUAUUUGUGUAGCCUUUUGUGUUUGUCCAUAACGAUUGGCGGGAUGUGGCCUAGUAGUCCACUCGUUGCACCAAAGACACGAGUUCGAUUCCCUAUGUGGUUACAAUGUGUGAACCCAGUUUCUGUAGCCUAUCCAUCGUGUUGUCGGUCGUGAUAUUGCUUGUAUAUUGCGAGAAGCGAUGCACUCACUUAAUCCGACUGAGCGUCAGGUUUGAGCGGUCAUAUUUUGUGUAUCUGAAACUGAAACAUACUGUUAUCUGAAACUGAAACAUACAGUUAUGAUUA